AUGAGCAAAGAUUGUUCUUACCCUUACUUUGAUCCAGAUUUUGAUACUCACUCUGAAAGAAUAUAUGGCCCGCUUUGCCAAGUUAGCAUCGACAAUGAAAGAAUGGAAGAUUGCACAGUUGUUAAGGUUAAUAGGGUUAACAAGCAUGGUGUUCUUCUACUAGACAUGGUAAUGGUUUUGACAGAUAUGAACUUUCAAAUCAUCAAAAGUUUUACUUCAUCUGAUGCUCUUUGGUGCAUGGAUGUAUUUCAUGUUAGAGAUGAAUAUGGCAACAAAUUAACCGACCAGAAAGUCAAUGAUUACUUCGACCAGGUACUACAAAUAAUUCAAUAUUAAAUAAAAAAAUAUGCUUAGAAUAUUGAAAUCAUCCGCAAGGGAGUGCAAGAAUACUUCACAGUCAUUGAAAUUACAAUACAAGACUAUCCUAGCUUAUUUUUCGAGAUCUUUACCGCCCUCGUCGAUCUCUGUUGCAACAUUGUUGAAGCUCAUGCAUGCAGCUACAAUACUAUGUUAACAUGUGUUGCUUACAUCUCAGACCAAUCCAAUAAUUCCUCCAUCGACGACCCUUCUCGCUUAACUAUCAUUAAGGACCGUCUUACGACCGUCCUUCGGGGAACCACCAAUUCUAACAUUGGUAGCAUCAACAUCAACAUCCCUAGUGUUAAGAUUUCAAAGCUUCUUGGAUUCAAAGGUACCGUGACAUGCACUAUUGAAAGGAGGUUGCACCAAGUUAUGGUUUUGGAAGCAAAUUUAGAGAUGGAAAAUGAGAAGAGGAUGGUGAGAGUUGAAAGUUGUGACCGAAGGGGUUAUUUAAUAGUGAAUGUUGAGUUUAAGGAUCGUCCUAGACUCAUGUUUGAUGUUGUUUGUACCUUAACUGACCUCGAAUAUGCCAUUUUUCAUGCUUCCACCAUUUCUCGUGGUGGUUGUGCAUUCCAUGUAUAUACUUUUAUUCAUAUUGUGUAUAUAAAAUCUUAUAUGUUUCCUUAAUCACUUCUAUUAUAUAUAAUACUCACAUUUUUAGUUUAUGUUGAUGAAUUUACAG